AUGGUGCAGAAGUCGCGCAACGGGGGCGUGUAUCCGGGCACCUCGGGCGAGAAGAAGGUGGGCUUCGUGGGGCUGGACCCCGCGCCCCCGAGUCCUCCCGCGACGGGCCUGCUGAUCGCCGGCUCCGAGGGGGGCGGCGGCGGCGGCGGCAAACGCGGCUCCAUCCUCAACAAGCCCCGCUCGGCCGUCAGCGGGAAGCCGCCCAAGAGGAACGCUUUCUACCGCAAGCUCCAGAAUUUCCUCUACAACGUCUUGGAAAGGCGCGGCUGGGCGUUCAUCUACCACGCUUACGUUUUUCUGCUGGUUUUCUCCUGCCUAGUCCUCUCCGUCUUUUCCACCAUCGACGAUUACGAAGAGAGUUCUGAAUGGGCUCUUUACAGCCUGGAAAUUGUCACGAUUGUGGUCUUCGGAGUCGAGUACUUUGUAAGAAUCUGGGCAGCUGGCUGCUGCUGCCGCUACCGAGGUUGGAGAGGAAGGUUAAAAUUCGCCCGCAAGCCCUUUUGUGUGAUCGACAUCAUGGUGUUAAUUGCUUCCAUCGCUGUGCUGGCCGCUGGGUCACAGGGGAACGUUUUCGCCACCUCCGCGCUCAGAAGUUUGCGCUUCCUGCAGAUCCUGCGCAUGAUUCGAAUGGACCGCAGAGGAGGCACCUGGAAGCUUCUGGGAUCGGUGGUGUAUGCCCAUAGCAAGGAGUUGAUCACCGCUUGGUAUAUUGGAUUCCUGUGCCUAAUUUUAGCCUCCUUCCUGGUGUACUUGGCUGAGAAAGGAGAAAACGAUCACUUUGAUACGUAUGCAGAUGCCCUGUGGUGGGGCCUGAUUACUCUGACCACCAUUGGCUAUGGGGACAAGUAUCCACAAACCUGGAAUGGGCGUCUCCUGGCAGCCACCUUCACUUUGAUUGGGGUUUCCUUUUUUGCUCUCCCAGCAGGAAUCCUAGGUUCCGGGUUCGCCUUGAAGGUUCAAGAACAGCAUCGUCAGAAGCACUUUGAAAAAAGGAGAAAUCCUGCAGCUGGCCUAAUUCAGGCCGCCUGGAGGUUUUACGCCACUAACCUCACCCGAACCGAUUUGCACUCUACCUGGAAUUACUACGAACGGACCGUCACCGUUCCCAUGUACAGCUCACAGCCACAAACCUAUGGUCCCUCCAGGCUCAUUCCACCUUUGAAUCAGCUCGAGCUUCUGAGAAACCUGAAGAGCAAAUCAGGAUUAACUUUCAGGAAAGAACAACAGCCAGAAUCAUCUCCAAGUCAAGCCACUCGAUGCAGGAAAUCUUUUUGUGGAUGCUGUUCAGGAACCUCUAGUCAGAAGGUCAGCUUGAAAGAGCGUGUCUUCUCCAGUCCCCGAGGUGCAACCACGAAAAGUAAAAGUUCUCCUCAGGGCUCAAGUGUCCGGAGAUCCCCCAGCGCAGACCAGAGUGUGGAAGAUAGCCCAAGCAAAGUCCCCAAGAGUUGGAGUUUUGGAGACCAGAGUCGGGCCCGGCAAGCUUUCCGCAUCAAAGGAGCCGCGUCCCGUCAGAAUUCGGAAGAAGCAAGCCUCCCUGGAGAAGACAUGCCUGAUCCUGACAACAAGAGCUGCAACUGUGAAUUUCUGACCGAAGACCUUACACCAGGCCUUAAAGCCAGCAUCCGGGCAGUGUGCAUCAUGCGGUUCCUGGUUUCCAAGCGAAAAUUCAAGGAGAGUCUGCGGCCGUACGAUGUGAUGGAUGUCAUUGAACAGUAUUCAGCAGGACAUCUGGACAUGCUUUCCAGGAUCAAAAAUCUUCAAUCCAGAGUUGACCAGAUCGUGGGGCGUGGACCAUCGCUGACAGACAAAGACCGCACCAAAGGCUCAGCCGAAGGAGAACUUCCAGAAGACCCGAGUAUGAUGGGCAGACUUGGCAAGGUGGAAAAACAGGUUCUCUCCAUGGAGAAGAAGUUGGACUUCCUGGUCAACAUCUACAUGCAACGGAUGGGCAUCACUCCUAACGAAACGGAGGCCUAUUUUGGUUCCAAAGAGCCUGAACCAGCACCCCCCUAUCACAGUCCAGAAGAUAGCCGGGAACACAUCGAUAAGAACGGCUGCAUUAUCAAGAUCAUACGCUCGACCAGUUCCAUGGGGCAGAAGAAUUACUCUGCCCCGCCAGCCACAACGAUGCCAAACAACUCAUGUCCACCCUCCACCUCUUGGCAGCACUAUCCCCGUCCAAACUAUGGGUCAUCCCCGGUUGGCGAUCCCGGAUCCUUGGUUAGAAUCCCGCCGCCGCCUUCCCACGAGCGUUCGUUAUCUGCCUACAACGGGGGCAACCGAGCCAGUUCCGACUACGCCAAGAACGAAGACGUGACCGCUAAACACCCCGAAAGUGCCCUGAGAGACAGCGACACUUCUAUUUCCAUCCCGUCCGUUGACCAUGAGGAACUGGAGCGGUCCUUCAGCGGCUUUAGCAUUUCCCAGUCCAAAGAAAAUUUGGACAUCCUUAACAAUGGUUGCUACACCGCGGUGGCCAAAAUCAGACCUUACAUCGCGGAAGGCGAGUCAGACACGGAUUCUGACCUCUGCACGCCUUGCGGCCCUCCGCCGAGAUCAGCAACAGGCGAGGGACCUUUCGGGGAUUUAGGCUGGUCAACCCCAAGACAGUGA